GCGCGCAGGCCCCCCUCUGUCCGCCAAAACAGUAGCUUUUGUUCAGUUCAGUUUCGUGUUGGCACCGAGGCGAACGGACGCUCCGUGACUGUGUAGUUGACAUCAGGGGUAGAGCAGAAUACCGACCGUAGUGAGUAGGUUCCCCCCAGUGACUCGUGCUGGUGUCUAGUGUUGUGUAGAGAGAGGGAGGUUUCUGUUUUGUACGAGGUCCGAACAAUCAGCCACGCUGGAGAUCUACCUGGAGAUGGAGGCGCAAAGCCAGGACGGCGCGGGUCCGGCGGAGGUGCCUAAUGAUCCCGGAAAGAUGUUCAUAGGAGGCCUCAGUUGGCAAACUAGUCCAGAAUCUCUGCGGGAGUACUUUAGUAAAUACGGGGAAAUCACGGAAGUAAUGGUCAUGAAGGACCCCACGACGCGCCGGUCGAGGGGGUUCGGAUUCAUAACGUUCGCAGACCCUUCUAGUGUAGACAAGGUCCUAUCACAAGGAACACACGAACUAGAUGGAAAAAAGAUUGACCCCAAACUAGCCUUUCCUAGAAGAGCACAUCCAAAAAUGGUAACGAGGACUAAAAAGAUCUUCGUUGGAGGCUUAUCGGCGCCAACGACAUUAGAAGACGUCAAAAACUACUUCGAACAAUUUGGACCGAUUGAGGACGCGAUGCUCAUGUUCGACAAGCAGACAAAUAGGCAUAGAGGUUUUGGAUUCGUUACGUUUCAAUGUGAAGAUGUGGUAGACAAAGUUUGUGAGAUCCACUUUCACGAAAUAAAUAAUAAAAUGGUGGAAUGCAAGAAAGCGCAGCCCAAGGAGGUAAUGCUGCCCGCGAACCUCGCAAAGACUCGUGCGGCGGGUCGAGGAGCGUGUGAUUGGAUUUGGUCAAUGGGGCAAAUGCAUGAUGGUUUUCCGGCAGCGCUGUAUGCUGCUUAUGCAGGCAGUCGCGGGUAUUCUGGCUACCCUAGCUUCGGCCUCCCUUACCCUGCAGGGGUGCCACUGUGCCAAAAUAGAUCCAUGACUACAGCAAGGUGUUUGACUGCAGGGUUUCCUGGGUACAGCUUCAUUCCUACCCCCUCAACACCACCUAGUCAGCCCCCGGGUGUGGAGAGGUCGGGCUACAUGGAGUACCAACCCGACAACACCAGUGGGUCGGACAAACCCUACGUCACAGUUGAUCUCACGAACGGGCAGCUAACCCCCAACAAUAACACACCAUUGCUUACUCAGGCUUUAUCAGUGAUGAACAACUACCAAGCAGCGGCGGCGGCGGCGGCGCAGGGCUACGGUCCCCCAGCGAGUCCUCACACUGUCACCCCCCGACCUGGCUAUCCUCCGGCCAACUCUCCCGGCCCCGGCCCAGCCCUGGACAUCUACAGCUCCAGCGGCGCGGACAGCGUAGCGGGGUACGUCCAGGCACCCAGCCCCCAGCCACCGGGCUUCCCUGCCAUCGCUGUGUCUCGCGCCCCCAUCAACUACAACCCCUUUCAGGGAUCCUUGAUACCAGCUGCGUUCACUAAUGGAUACCAUUGAGACUCAGGUUUGUGGACUCUUGGGCCCAGUGGACUACUGACAAACGUUUCUGAAAUCUUCGCCCAAGACAAGUCUCUGGUCCUGUGCUAACCUAAUCAUAAUUAAUCUUAAGUAUACACUGCACUAUGUCAGUAUAUAUGAUAAUAUAACCUAGCCUUCACCCUGUACAAGAACACUCCUAAUUCCCGUGUCCCACUAUUUGUAAGUUGUAAAAACUUUUUUAACUCGCUGCAAACAUUAAAUAAUUUGCAAUAGUAGUCGUUUUAAGAAGAUACGUCAAAUCCCUUUAAACUCGUUUUUGACGAUGCCGAAAAGUCCUACUUAAUUGUAUUGUUGAAUCAGAAAGCACUGGGAAUAGUGAUGUGUUUAAUGUUUGUGAGCAACCGUACAAUAAAACACAUACGUACAUUACUAUUUAUUGUAUUUGAAACAAUACUUACUGUCGAUUGUUGUUGUUAUUAAAUUAUUUUAAGUUUAAAAGGAGUUUCUAUUGUUAAAAUUUUACUGGAGCACUGUAGCUGACAUGGAUGUUAUUGUUUUGUUGUUGUUUUUAAGUCUGUUAAAACAGCCCGACAAUUUAGGCAGUAGUUUGCAGUUGGAAUCCGUCACUCGACACUCGGUUUAUUUAUAAAUAUUUUUAUUUAAUUUUGAAUCUUUGAAAGGUUUUUUUAAACAUUUUCAAUAUCAAUUGUUGAAAAGUAUAUUUUGUUGAAAGUUUAAUCAUCCCAAGAUUAUAUUUAGUAUAUUACAGGGUAUACUCUUAACAGUGGUAAUACAGGAGAUUUUUUGACGAAGUUAUCCUAAAUGCAAGACUCUCAAGAUAUGCAAACGACUAAAUGGACCAAUGCGGCUAAAGGAAUUUUAAUUCCAAUCUUUAAUAUGCUAUUAGAUUUUGUCAAGCUCUCAUAUAGUAAUUUAAUAACUAAUUAAUUAUUGUUUGUUUGAAGAUUAAUUUUAAAAUAAAACAUGUUCGGUGAUGGUUUUUGGUGAGUGGAGCAACCGUUAUUCACAAAAGAGUUAUCUUAAAAGUGAAUAGAGCUAUUAUAAAUCUGUUUACAAAACUAAUGACUAUUUUUCAUUGCCUGUGGGCUCACUUAGUUAAUAAAUGGGUUUUAUAUAUUACUUCAACUUUUCUACACUCCAAUAGUAUUUGUUUAUAUUUUUCAGUUAUUUUACAAAAGAAAUAUAAGGAACUUGCCCUACAAAUUAUGACUCUAUCCUAAGCUUGUUUGUCCUCGCAGAGUGUCGGCCGCCAUUGUAUUUUGGUUAUAAGUGUAGGUAGCCUCAAGCAUACCUUGUUACCAUGGUCUCGGUUGCUCCACUUUACAAACAUAUUGAGCAUCUCAUUUUAUUUUAUUUUUAUUUUUUUGUAGGCAGCUUUUGAUAAGAAGGCCUAAUUAUAAAUUUAUGUGUAAAAUGCAAUAGAGAGACAGAAAUGAAUAGGAUAUUUAGAAACAGAAAUAGGUCAAAACCAUCGAACAGUUUGAGCACGCCAUCGUUGGUUUGAAGUUUGUAAGUAUAUCUAGAGUAGAACCACUUCAAAUUACCGAAAGAGUGCUCGAAAUUGGUUUAAUUAAGCGGAUGAUUAUUUGUAAAUAACAUUUAGAAACUGUUUUAAUAGGUUAUCGUUUUCAAUUUGGGCAUUUAAUUAACCACUGUGCGCCUCUUUAAUUUUGGUUGAAUCGUUUUUAAUUAUGUACAUAACCAUUGUUCACCCUGAACCAAAAUACUAAGUAUAUAGCUUUUAGUGGAUUCUGAAAUAACAGCUGUAUAUCUUGUCAGAUGAAGCUCACUCUACACUUACUGUUUUUGUGGACCUGGCACUGAGUUGCGUCGUGUGUGUUUCUUGCGACAGACCGUGUUGUUAUUAUCGUGUAUGAAUAAUAUAUACAUAUAUCUGGAAUCGUUAUACGGAUUACUAUAAUGACGUGAUAAAUAUCUCAAUAACGAGCAAUAGUCUGGAGUGGAUGUGUCAUGUGUACAGAUCUACCCUUCAUACCCUGUUCCUGAGUUCCAUUUCCCAUGCCCACGUAAUAUAAGAAUACAAAGCAAUACUAUGUUAACAUAGAAAUAGAUUUUACAAAGCAGUUCAUUUUAAUGCUUUAACAUCAAUUAUCGGAAGUGAUUUUAGAUGAAAUUGUAUUUUGAUACUGUGGUAAGCCGUUCGGUGUUGUAUUAAGUGUUACAAUUUGUUGUGCUCUGCUUGCUAAUUUGGCAGUUUUUUUCACAUGAUUCAAUGUGCUGUCUACUUGUUUAAUUAGGUGUGAGGGUUUUUGUCCAUAAAAGUCCUCAAAGUAAUACUUUCUACUUAAAUCUAUAAAUUCAUACCAAAACAUCCGAAUUGCAUUUUUAUUCAAAAAAUAUCAAACCUAUUAAUCACAAUACAUUUUUAUAUUUUGUUUUGUUUUAAAUAUUCGUCUAGUUCAUUAGAAGAUCUUUGCUGAGAGUGGCCCAAACAAACACAUCAAACGGAAGAAAGAUUGAUUAAAAAGCAAAUCGAAAACAAAGGAAUAAUUUAACAUCAUACUUAUGAAAGAAAAUUGCUGUAAAGUUAAUAUCCAAAUUAUAAGCCUGUAUUCUAUUUUAAUCAGAAAUAUCAAAUGGAUUCACUUGGAUGAAUCUUAAAUUGAAUGGACCAAAACCUUCAGUUUUCAUGAGUUGACGGCGUCUUCCACAAGUAGGCAUGCGCAACUCUUUGUUGUUAACACUAAUAACUACCGCUCGGUGGUAACAGUGAUGUUAUUGCCACAGACCGUAAGCUUAUAUCUGUUGUACAUAUAUAUCUCUGUCGUUAUUGCCUGAAGUUGUAUUGCACUACUUAAGCUACUCUCAUACUUAAGUAAACGAUAACUACUUAAGUAUAAAAUCAUACUUGAGCGGUGGGGCAGACUCGUUGAAUAGAAAACGUAUAGUAACAUUGUACAUAUAUUUAAAGCGCAUCAUUUUUUAAAGGAAAAUGUAAAACUUUCUUUGUAUACUUUGUCUACCAAAAAAGUUAUUUUUAUCUAUGAACUGACUGUACGGUAUUAAAUUAGAUAAAAUGUGUAUUUAGUAAUUUAUUUGACUUGUUGGAUGUACCAUAGGCCCUAUUAGUUUCAAACCAGCCGCUAGCUUUCUUAUCUUUUUGUUUUGACUAGCUGAGAAUUGUUUUAGGAAAACAGAUGAACUGUAAUUUUUUUUAUAUAUACAAUAUUGUCUUUUUAGACUAUAUUAUUUUUAAGUAAUAUAUUGUCUUUCAACCCUGGAAAAUAAAAGUAUAUUUGACAAAGAUUUGGUGAAAUAAAUGCAUUUAAGUAUUUAAAUUACUAUUGACGUUUUGCCGUAUUUUGAUUUGUGGUUUUUCCAGUACAUAAAAUGUUAUUCGACUCAUUAAUAACUGUUCAAAUAUUUACCUUUUUAUUUACAUUGCAUUAUAUUACUAUAAUGUUUAUCAUAAACCACACCUAAUUCAAUUACCAUACCAAUGGUGAUUCUUAAAUUUCCUUUUCUAAAAGCAUUUCUUUCACCAGGAAAACAAUUUAUCAUCCAACCCGUUUUGUACCAAAGGAAACAAAGAAAAUUAAACUUAUUUAGGAUUUUAGUAUAGUCGUUUAGUUGCAUCAGAUAAAUGAGAUUGUAAAGAUGUUUAGAGAUGUAGGCAAAAUUACAAAAUUAGUUCAAUGAAUUUUAGUUCCUGAAUCAGAAUACCAAAUGGAAAGUGUAUUGGGUUCCUAGACAUCGUUUCACUAUUUUCCAGGAUGUAUUUAGUCCAUAUCAAAGAACCAGAAACUGUUGAACAAGUUUCGUGACAUGUGAUACAAUUGACUAGCUAGCUUAUCUUUCUAUGUUAUAUUUGUUUUGCCAAAUAAUUGUACAAACGCCCUUAAAGAAGAAAAUAUUUUUUACAGUUACUUUAGAUUUAGAUUUGUUUACUCUUUUUCAUUUAGAUAUAGUUUCUUUAACUACCUUACUCUAUGUAUUUGGAUCAAAUUAACACCCCCUUCAAUAUACGUAGAUUACAAAUCUUAUAUUUUAAAGGAAUAUAAGGUAAACGGAACAUAUCACCCACAUUAUACCCCCAUAUGGGAAAUACACAACAAAGGAGUACAGGGCUUCUGUAUUUCCUUAACAAUAAAUAAAACGAUUAUACACCAAGUUUUAGCAAAUACCUAUUGCUUUCUUCGGUAUCAUUAAAAAAGUUAAAGCAUAUUUUUAAAUGAUUUGUUGUGUUACUUAAUAACAUGAGUGUGCAAUUUAUCACUAAGCAGAUUAUGUUCAGAAGGAAAAUUAAACUACUUGCUGACAAGUUAAGUUAUCUUAGUGUAUUUUAAAACCACGAAUAAACUGUGUAUUUCUCAGCUCACGAGUUAUAUUUUAAUUGUUCAAAGUAAUUAAUUGUAAAUCGGAAUAUUUUUCAAUCUGCCAAGCUGUGUUCGUCAGGACUGCAGACCUAAGUUAUUGCCCCCCCCCCUCCCAGUACCAUCCUCCCACCGAACUUUACGCUUGCUGGUGUCUCAAACCAUAUUCGUCUGACAAUAUUAAUCGAUAACUAAAUUCUAUGUAAAAACUGUUGUGUUGGUUGAUUUGUUUUGUAAUUUAUAUGAAAAUAUAAUCGUUGGCCUUACUAUCUGUUUAAAUGUUUCUUUUUUUGAGAAUUUAAUAUUAGAUGUUCUUAAAUAUAGAAAUAAAUGUAAAUGAUAUAAAGAUAAAACACAAAAAUAUUACUGAAAUGAACGUAAACUCAAUGUGAAAUAUUGUAAAAUACAUCUGGAAGCUUAUAACUGUCACAUGUGCACUAUACUGUAUAUCUGUAGCCCGUUAGAUCUGUAGAAGCUUGCAAGUGGCUAUGGAGGUUACACCUCUGACUGAGGGCUAAACUUUAUUGAUCUCUAAAUUGACUGACUCAAAGUGUGUAGAUUCGAUCGUAAAGGUAAAAAGCAGUCACGAAUUGUCUAGCUUUAGCCAAGCCCGUCUCCUUCUGUCUAGCUGCUAAAGUAGCAUUCGAGGUUCCCCAAAUUUUACAAACCACAUUUCUAAAAAAAAGAACUGUUGUCUAUAUUUUUUGAACUAUUUUUAUUAAAUCAGUAUUAUAAAUACCCUACUAUGAAGGAUGUUAACUUUUAUUUAGAUAUUUUUUGUAAACCUCAGAACACCAACUACUAUUUUUUAAGGUUGUGUCGAAUGUAGGUUGAUUUCGAAUUACUAUCUGAGUUUAGUAUGGAUUAGUUUAUUGAAUGUUACUAUUGUUAUUGUACAUUUUGUGAAUACUCUGGUGGUAUCCGUCACUCAUUGUUGUUAUUGUAUAUUUUUAUGUAAUUUUCUAUGCCAACUUCCCCAUACUCUACCGCCCGGGUUAUUUACAAUCCUUCCCUUGUACCAAAUCUGCUGUUGUUUCGACAAUGUGAGACGUCUACCACCUUUUUAUUAUUAUUACCAUUAGAUUUUUCCUCUACUUUGGACAUAUUUAUGUCAUAGACAACUCAAACUAGAAUAAACGCUAGCAGUAGAUCAGAAUAUUUUUGUUUAUGGAAAGCCUAACAGCCGAUUUUUUCACUUUAAAAGACAAAUUUUAUGGCUGCAUAUUGCAAUAAAAUAAAGCAAUAACCCUAUUUGUAAUGGAGAUGCUUUUUGGGGGGUAUAUUUUGUCUUACGGGAAUUUCCCUCAUUAAGUCGAGUCGUCAAUAGGCGUUCUAGUGUGAAACCAGUGUUUCACAUUUUACAAGUUUUUUAUGGACCUACUAUAGUAUGUGUGUGUGCGUAUGGAUGUCUGAGCAUAUGAAUGUAUUUGCGGCGGCGAUGCUGGCGUCGUGUGUGUGAUUGUGUGAAGCUUGACGUGUGAGAGUGGUUGUACUCCAUGGUUUAUGUGCAAGCUUUACAUCAACGCUAAUAAUAAAUAUAACGUUCUUGAAAUGUGAGUUUGUGUGUACAGAUAGUACCAUUGUAUAUAUUAUUAUUAUGAUUAUUAUUAUUAUUACUAUUACAUACAAAUUAAUUCUAUAUAAACGUAAAGAUGAGAAAAAGUCGGUUGGUGCCGUGUGUCCGUGGCAAAUAUAAAAACAUUGUUCAAUGAA